AUGAGAAAGAGGCCCGGCGAGACGCUUCGGAAGUAUGCCGAACGUUACUGGCAGCUAUUUAACGAGAUACCCGGUGUUGAUCAAUACUGGGCGGCAAGGAAUUUUAAGAAUGGUUUGGAAACUGGAAGCAAGAUCUUGGAUGAGCUAGCAAUAAGGGCGCCUCAUGGAAUGAAUGAGCUAAUGAGGAUGGUAGAGCAGUUCUGUUCCUACGAAGAGUUCCUUGCCGAGCGAGAACUUCAAGGAGGACAAAACUCAAUUAUACCUCAAAGCCUUCAUGUCCCCACGCCCCAAAUCGCACCACCGAAGCCUGUGGUCGCUGUCCAGCCGAAGAAGCAGGUCAACACAGUCAAGGUGGCAGACAAAAAGGGGCCGAAAGCUCAUGACUAUGUAGCUGAAACCACAGUUUUCAAAGAGCCAAUUUAUUUCCUCCUCCGUACGAUAGAGAGGGAACCGUUCUUUGUCUGGCCGAACCCUCCCAAAUUGAACACCGAAGAAGGAAACAACAACAAUCGGAAGAGAUGCUCGUAUCAUAAUGAGCUCGGGCAUUACACCACUGCUUGCGCUCCCUAUAAGGAACUUUUGGAAAAUCUGACGGCACAAGGACUUCUUGAUGAUCAUAUCGAUUGGACAAAGACGCCGAGAAGACAGCCGAACGCUGUCGGACAAAACCUUAUUCCGCGUCCAGUCGGAGUAAUCAAUGUUAUUCAUGGAUCAACAACAAAGGAGGCAGCAAGACAGCUUCGGCAAGAGCUUGUCAAAGCUGAGAAAGUUACCCAAAUUUUUUCCAUCAAUCGCGCUCCAAAAAGAGUCAAAAUGCUUGAGCGUCCUUGGGUGUUGAUUGAUCAAGGAAGCUCGGCAGAAGUAAUGUACCUGUCUCUCUUUAAGGAACUCAAAAUUCCUGAAUCGUGCCUUCUCCCCGCUGAAGUCCCUCUGAUCGGAUUCAGUGGCACUCCCGUUUGGCCUCUUGGACGGAUUACCCUCCCUGUUGUUACAGGCUCGGUUGCUUCUAAUUUGGAGUUUGUCGUUGUGGAUGCCCCGAGCCCAUACAACGCGAUCCUCGGCCGAAAUUGGCUUCAUUCAAUUAAAGCCGUCGCCUCAACCUACCACCAGGUGGUCAGGUACAUCGGCGCCAACGGCAGACAAGAAGACCUAUUUGGAGAUCAAUUACAAGCCAGACAGUGUUACGUCUCGGCCAUUGGAAAGUCAUCAUGCACCAGAAGAGUACAUUGGGUUGAAGUCCCUGACAAACCAGUUCUUGAAGACGUCGGAUCUCUUCCUGAAGAGAAAUCAGUUGAGGAUCUUAUCAAAUUCCCUCUUAACGAAGAUGCAUCACGUUAUUUCAUGCUCGGCGCUGGCCUAUCCCAAGCCGAGAGUGAAGAAACCUUGCAGUUCCUAAAAAGUAACAUCGAAGUUUUUGCAUGGACACCGUACGAAAUGCCAGGCAUUGACCCAAAGCUUAUCCAGCACUCCCUCAAAGUUUCAAAAUCAGCAAAGCCUGUAAUUCAGAAACCUCGGCGGUCAGCCAGCAUUCACGCCGACGCAGUUAAUGAGGAAGUCGGCAAACUCCUCGAGGCGGGCGCCAUCAAAGAAAUAGCCAUGGAUCCCGACGACAUGGAAAAGACGGCAUUCAUCACACCCAGGGGCCUCUUCUGCUACCUAGUUAUGCCGUUCGGCCUUAAGAAUGCUGGUGCCACAUUCCAAAGAAUGGUAUACUUGUUGUUCGGAAUUCUCAUCGGAGAAAUCAUGGAAGCUUAUAUCGACGAUAUGGUGGUGAAAAGUCUCAAGGCUGAGAAUCAUCUCUCUCAUCUUGCCGAAGUCUUUGCAAUCUUGAAAAAGCACAAGCUACGGCUUAACGCCGACAAAUGCGCCUUCGGAGUUAGCUCAGGGAAGUUCCUCGGCUACUUAGUUACUCGGCGCGCGGCUCUCAACAGGUUUAUCAGCCGCUCGUCGGAUAAGUGCCAUGUCUUCUUUCAAACGCUUAAGAAGCAAAGCCGACGAAGUUUCAAGUGGACGGAAGAUUGUGAUGCAGCCCUUGCCGAGCUGAAAUCUUAUCUUAGUUCGGCCCCUCUUCUUGUCAAACCGGUAGCCUUCGAAACUCUUCAUCUCUAUCUAGCUGUCUCUCCGCACGCUGUGAGCUCGGCACUUGUCCGAAGGGAAGGCCUUGAGGACCAACCAAUCUACUUUUCUAGCCGAACCUUGCUCCCGGCACAGACUAGAUAUCUGCCGCUGGAGAAGCUUCUUCUAGCAUUGGUUACAGCAGCUCGGAAAUUGCUCCCUUAUUUUCAAGAGCACCCCAUCAUAGUUCUCACGGAGUUUCCGCUUAAGAACCUCUUGAGGAAGGCUGAUCUAUCUAGCAGAGCACAAGUAUUGGCAGACUUUAUUGCUGAAUUCACCCCUGGAAGCCCGGACGAGGAAACACUGGUAAAGCCUAAUUACGGUAUGCUGGAACAACAAGAGGCUCGGAAAGUUUGGAACUUAUUCAGCGGAGACGUUUGGAAGUUGCAUGUUGACGGGGCAUCCAACAGCAACGGCUCGGGCGCAGGGGUCGUUCUUCUGAUCGUCAAUCAAAUAACAGGUGAUUAUGAAGCUCGGGACCCAAGAAUGAUUAAGUAUCAAGCUACCGCUCUAGAGCUAAUCCGAGGGUUCAAAGGAUUCCAAAUCGAACAGAUCAACAGAGAGAACAACGCUCAUGCCGACGCUCUUGCUAGUUUGGCCUCGGCAAGCAAAGCAUCUGAAUACCGACAUAUCAGCCUCGGUGAGAUCCACGAGCCGAGCUUUGAAGUAUCGGAAGAAGUAUUCAACAUUUCCCUCGGCCCAAGUUGGAUGGAUGAAAUCACCUCAUUUCUCAAAGAUGAUACUCUUCCCUCUGACAAAAAGGAGGCCCACCGCGUACGCAGCAAAGCAGCCUACUACUGGAUCUCUGAGCUCGGCCAACUCUACAGAAAAAGCUUCACUGGGCCAUACCUUCGGGUUGUUCACCCAACCGAGGUCCCGAUUAUUUUAACCGAGCUCCACUCUGGCAGCUGCGGUUGUCACUCUGGCGGCCGUUCCCUAUGUCAAAGAGCUCUAAGUCAAGGAUACUUUUGGAAAGGAAUGAAGAAGGAUUGUGAAGAAGUGGUCAGAAGGUGCAAGCCUUGCCAACUUUUCUCCCCCAUACCAAGGCAGCCCGCUCAGUCUCUCAAACCUAUCACUAGUCCAUGGCCCUUUGCUCAGUGGGGUUUGGAUAUAGUAGGCAAACUUCCAACUGCUCUUGGGGGCUUCAAGAACAUUGUCACAAGGUUCGGCGUGCCUUACGCUAUUGUAUCGGAUAACGGCUCACAAUUCGUCGGUAAGGAAUUAACUGGACUCUGUGCUGAGUUCGGAAUUAGAUUCUUCAAUUCAACCCCAUCCUACCCCCAGGGCAAUGGCCAGGCCGAAGCCACUAACAAGACUGUUUGCGCUGGCAUCAAACGUCGGCUGGACUCUAAACGAGGAAAAUGGGCCGAAGAACUUCCUAGGGUCCUCUGGGCCUACCGCUCCACCCCCAGACGCUCUACCGGCCAAACUCCCUUUGCAAUGGCCUUCGGCAUGGAGGCUGUCAUACCACUGGAAUCGAAGUUCCCGACCCUGCGCACCGAAACCUUUGAUCUAGAAUCUAACAAUGAUGCAGUGGCAACCGAGCUAAUCUUAGCCGAAGAAAAGCGAGACGAUGCUCAGCUCAAGUUAGCCAACUAUCAGCAAGAAGUCGCUCGGGGCUACAAUCGAAGCGUAAGGCUUAAGAAGUUCAGAACCGAUGACUGGGUCUGGAGGAAGUAUAAGCUCAAUAUUCUAAACAGUUACAGCUACGUUCGGAUUUCUUUACUACAAACACGAUUAUGGCUCGGACAAUUCGAUUUCCAGCCAUAA